AUGCUGACCACCCAAUAUGAGAACUUCACAAUGAAGGAGGGGGAAACUAUUCAUGACAUGCAUACAAGAUUCUCCUCCAUAACCAACGAGCUACGAUGUUUGGGAGAACCUAUUCAUUCCAGUAAGCAGGUCAUGAAGAUUCUUCGAGUCCUUCCCAAGUCAUUGGCAAGAAAAGUGGAUGCCAUUACUGAGGCAAAGGACCUGAAGGUUCUGACGAUGGAUGCUCUAAUUGUAUAUCAAAGACCCGGAGGUGAAAAAGAUAAAAGGACGAACCUGGUACCCAAGAAGAAUGCAAGAAAAUUUGCAGCAGACUAUGUUGUGAAGAAAGCUUUUGCUGUCUGGGGUGAUUCUUCAAGUGAUUUAGAAGAAUCAGAAUGCUCGGAUGAUGCAUCCAUGUUGGAUGUUAAAGAUGAUAAAAAUGUGUUUGAUGGGUUGUUCGCCCUCAUGGAAAAAUUGGAUGGCGAGGAAGACGAAGAAAAGGAGAGUGAAGGAAGUAGCAGUCAAUGCUGGUUUAUGGGCAGUGGAUGCUCUAAGCACAUGACUGGGAAGAAUGAAAACUUCCUUUCACUCAAGGCACUUCAAGGUGGAGGUGUCUCUUUUGGUGAUGGAAAGAAGGGGUAUAUUCUUGGAGUUGAUAGGAUUGGGAAAUCACCUGAACACUCAAUCAAAAAUGUCUACUAUGUGAGUGGGUUAAAAAACAGUCUUCUUAGCAUUUCCCAGAUAUGUGACAAUGGAAAUGAGGUCAAGUUUCUAUCAGACAAAUGCAUUGUUACUAGCUUGUCGACUAAGGAGGUAAUUCUGACGGCUAGAAGGCAGAAAAAUAUGUAUGUGGCAGACCUGAAUACUGCUCUUGGAGACGAUCUGACAUACCUCAACGCUCAAAGUGAAAAUGCCAACUUAUGGCAUAGGAGACUAGGUCAUGUGAGCUCAUCUCUAUUAAACAAACUUUUCUUUAGGGACCUGGUUCGUGGCUGA